AUGACCGGUGCCUCGGAAGCGGACAGAAACUCAAAGGUUCUCACAUCCGCGGAGCGCAAUCACUCGAUGGUGGAUACCUUCGGGGCCGGGCCGAUCUCCAGUUCUAUUAACCCAGACAAUAUCGGCACCGACUUCCAGGAAAUCGUCUUUAGGAGCGAUCCGCCGACCGAGCUCAGAAACACGCAGAAGAAAGAGAUUGCCCAGAACCAGGAACUGCUAAAGGCGAAAGGAAAAAAAAACCAGGCAGUCGCCAAGAUCCGACAGAAGGGAUGGACGCUACAGACGAGGCCGAAAGAAAUCCAAGAGCGGCGACGAUACGACAAGUACGCCCGCAAGGCAGACACGCUGAGGAAGACGCUAUAUGACGGACGUCUGGCGCGGGCGAUCAACGAUUGGCACCAGACAAACGACUACGAGCAGAUUGAGCGGCAGCUGAACGGCAUCAAGCCCUCAGAGUUCCCCGCGCCGCCGCGGCUCCUCGAGUACCAGCUGCGUACGCGGGCGUCCGUUGCUCAGGCCUUCCCCGAAGCACGAACAGACAUCACAUGGCCCCUGUGCCUGUAG